UGCCAUGCUCAGCACGCAGUGAUGCCAGCUCAGGGCAGCCCCAGCUCCCUGCCGCAGGUCCCUGUCCCACCUCCCCACCCAGCAGCAGGGCAUGGGGAGCACAGCCCCCCGAUGAUCCCUGUCCCGUGUGCCUGUGGAAUGCAGGACAGCAGCAGGGACAGCCCAGCUCCCAGCAUUUCCUCAUUGUCAUGUCCUGGCUGGCAGCCCAGCUGGGUUUGCAAUAUGGCUUUUCUGGAAAGGUGAAUUACAUCCUUGGCCAGUUCCUGGUUUGCACUAUUCAGGACAUAGCUCUGCUUUGGAAGGAGAAAGAAGAAAAGGGGCAAGCAGAAAGGCAGCAGGCUUGGUUUCCCUGACUUUCUCUUGAGGGCAGAGCUAUGGAAGUCAUUUCCAGUCAGCCUGGGCAGGACUGCAAGCUCUCCAGAAAUGUGCACCAGAGCUGAGAUUAAAGCAGCUUUGGAUAAGCUCUUUUAUUACUUAAAUCUGUUCCAGUUCCAACAGGUUCAGGUUCAGAGCACUUACUGUGUUUCUGUGAGGGAUGCUGUGUAUGGGGGAAAAAGACUUAAACAUUUGAUAUUCCCUGGAAAUAAAAUGGUAGUAGGAAAAAAAAAAAAAGAAAAAAAAAAGAGUAUUUCUGCUCAGAGCGAGACCUGAGUGGAAUGCUUCAGGUGCUGAACGCUCCUCUCCAGCUGGGGCUUUUGGAGGGUUAACACAGCGAGAGAUGCUCUGCAAACAGAGGCUGGAGGGCUUUAGCUUCAUGGUUCAAAGGUCUCUCCAUGCAGACUGGAAGUCCCCUGGGGGCAGAGAUCACCCCUGUCCCUGGAGUGUGUGUUUGUGGGACCGAGCUGGUGCCAGCCAUGGCUGGCAGGGCCCAAAGGGAGCUUCCCAGUGCAGAAAUCAUAGCACUCCUCUGCAGUGACCUGACCAAAGGCUCUGCUGCAUCGUUUGAUUCCUCAUGAGCCCUGCUGGUCUUUCAGCCCAUGUGCUCGUUCAGGAAUGUGUGUAAUAAUCAUGUGCUUUAUCUCGAGUAGCACCCGAGCAGAAGCUGAAGCACAGAGCAGGCUCUUUGAAUCCACGGGAUGAAUCCACAGCUUAUGGAGACUCAGUUGUGGUCAGUCUAAACAAACACUGACUUUGGGGGAAGACACAAAAGCUGUUGUUUUAGCCAAGGUGGUGCAGACUGAGUAUGUGAGUUUCUGUGCAAACAGGAACCAGUUUGCUUUCAUUGGACAGGACAUUUUUUGGAGCUCUGUAUGCAAUUGCUGCCAUAUUCUUCAGCACAGUUUGACAUGUUUAAAACACUGCCUUUUUAUUAGAGUUAUGGUAAAACUAACUUGUCUUUUAUCUGAUAAAUCUGAAUACCAGGCCAUUGAAAUAAAUCUUGGUUUUUUUUCUUUGUCCAGAACUGAAGCAAAGCCUUGCUACCACAGGUCUAUCCUUCUUCAGGGUGUACAACUCAAACAUCUCUGGAGUGCAAAUUACAGGAACCAGCUAGGCUAUCCUCCUGCACCAGAGGAUGUGAAAGGGGCCCCAAAAGAUGGUCUCAUUGUUAAAGUCGUGGUGAAAGAUAUCUGGGUCAUCCCAGACAAACUUGCUGGAGUCCAUCAUUGUUAGUAUCUCCUUCCCCCACGCCUGUUGAAAGAGGAUAACAAGUGUGCCUAUUCCCCAGUAGCUGCGGGGGAUGAUCUGCUCAGCAGAUUGACUCUGCUGUGAGCCCAGGGACACCUGAGUGGGCUCCUGCAGCCCAGCUCCCUCCAGAACGGCUGUCCUGCAGCAAAACCUGAGUGAGGCUUCUCAGUGUGGGCAGAGAGGCAGAAAAACCUUGUUUGCCUGGCACCGAGCCUAAGCUAACAGCCUCUGCCAAGCCUCAGGUGCAAAAUAUGUAGAACUAUCCCUGUCUUUCUUCUGUGAGGAGAACCCCUCCCUCCCUCUGCCUGGGCAACAGAGACUUGACUGCUUCAUUUCAUGCAGCUGCUGUCUGUCUGAUCCCACUUCUUGGGGCAGAAGUUGCCUUCUGGACAGUUUUUGUAGAGUGCCCAGCAGAGGGGAGCUCCCCAUCUUGCUCACUGCCCACCACUGCUAUUGCCCUGCAAUAAACAGCAGCAGUGGCAGUGCAGUCAUUGAACUGCACAUGGGACUAGUGUGCUGCAGUGGACACAGCAGCGAUGUAAGGGUGUCAUUAGCAGCUGAGCUGGAGGGCAGCUGUACAUUGCAUUCAGUAUUUUAGUUAGGGAACUGCUGCCCAGUUAGAACUGGAGCUUGUCUAUUCCCACUGGGCUGUGCUUUAAAUCAUCUUGUAGCUUCCUUGGUAAGAAGCUGAUCUCCUUGAAUUGUACGUGCUAUAACUCAGCAGGGAUGCAGUGUGCUUGACAAGGAAGAUCAAUAAAUGGGGUUUAUCUAAGUCUGGAGAUGCUAAAGAUGUCUAAGCACCAUGAUAUUCACUCGUGACCUCCUCUGCAGUGUCCUGGCCAAGGUGCUUUGCACCCACUCUGGAUGGGCUGGCCUUGCUGUGGUGAAUUAGCUUUGGGAGGGAGUUUCAAGCAGGUGACAUGUCCAUAGGUGCAGAAAAAGCAGCGUGGACAUGGUAAGUGAGGGGUGGUGGCAGGAGGGGGGGGUCUGCGUGCUCCCCAGAGAUACAGAAGUGAAGAAAAGCUGUUGCCUAAUCAGACAGUCCAUUGCCAGGCAUCUGUUAGGCAGAGACCACAGUGUCUGUCUCGGUGAAAUGUGUUUAUGGUGAAAGAGGGAUGUUCCCCUCCUUUUUCAGGAGGAUUUCAGUGCAUGGCAAUGACAGCAAUGCAACCCACAGGCAGCAGCCAGCGCCAGGGACCAUCCCACCAUGGGCUGGCAGCAGGGAUGAGUUCUGCUCCAAAGCCCCACCAGUCAGAGCAUGACUGAAAUAAUCACACCAAAACUCACAGAAAAGAUUUUGAGUCUUCUUACUUUGUAACUAUCCUGCUGACUUCAAAGGCUGUUUAAUUCUGUCAUCCCUUUUAAUCAAAAUAACUGGAGACAGCAAAGAUGUUUAUCUCCAAACAUUGCCGACAUCUCUCUGCAUGUUCAGUGGCAGCUGCAGGACAGAGGAAACACACUACAAGAAAAAUUGCUUGCAGCAACAUUUACAUCCCAGUGGGACCACAGAGAGAACUUUUGAGGUGCCUUACAUUGAUUAUGAAAUGAGUCUGUGGGUAACAAUCACUUUGUCACCCUGAAUGCUGAUUUCUCCCCCCAUGGCUGAGAGCCAGAGAUGUGUUUCUUUAUUCUGGGGUAAUAUUUUGUGUGCACAGGUGGUGGAAAAGGGGAGGGGGGUAUGGGAGAGCAGGCUAUGAUUCUGAACAAUAGCUUUGGCCCUAGAACAAAUAGUUCUGGACAUGAGUACAUUUAGGUGAAGCAAGGUUUCUAAAAAGUAAAACAGUGAGUGUGUGAUAAAACUUCUGAUAAGAAGGGACCAGGGGAAAAAAGCCCCAAUAUCUUUGCAGACAGAGAUCUGAAAGUCAUCCCUCUCACUUUUUCCCUGUGGCCCCUUUCUGUGUUUAUUCCUCCUUUUUUUUUUUUUUUUCAGUGGAAUAAGCAGAACUGCAGUAUGCUGUUUGAUCUCUGUAUUUAUACAGUGGACAUGUGUUUUGAAGGGGAAGGAGUCACCAUGCGCUUCUUUGGCACUUGUUUGCCCUGCUAGCACUUCUUCCAUGAGCACAGGUUUUGGUCUCUGGGAUAAGGUGGUGCUUGGUGAGAGGCAAGGAGAGCAGACAGACCUCUGCCAUAGAAACAGUAUUGUCACUGAAACCAUGAUGGGUUUGUACCCAGGACAGUGAAUUACAGUUUCAAAGUCCAUCUGCUGAAGGUGUUUUGCAGGUUUUCAGUGAGGAGCAGGAUUGAGAUCCUGGCUGCUGUGUGAGAGAUCUCCUCCAGUAACUCGAGGCUGUGCUUGAUGUUUGUCUGCCAGGAACCACCAAGUUGGUCUUUUCAUAGUAAUGUGACCCUUUGAUCAUUUUUCUGAGUGGUUUUAACAAAUUUACAGUCUUUAAAGUGUAUAUAUGGUAUAGGGAGUUUAUGCCUGCAGGCAACUCUUGCCAUGUCUCUCUAGUGUCUGUAGUGAAUUUUGGUGCUCAGGCACUUCAAAUAGGGAGAUCCUUUUGCAGAGUCUUCACAAGAAAGAUUGACUGUCCUAAAUGAUUUUGAGUGCAUAUUAGGAAGAAAUUCUUUAGUAUAAGGGUGGUGAGGCAUGGGAGCAGGUUGCAAAGAGAGCCUGUGCCCAUCUCUGGAGGUGUUUGGGACCAGGUUGGAUGGGGCUUUGAGCAGCCUGGUCUAGUAGGAGGUGUCCCUGCCCAUGGCAAGGGGUUGGAAGUAGAUGAUCUUUAAGUCCCUUCCAGCCUGAACCAUCUGUGAUUCUGUGAUCACUACACACAAGUUCCAUCUUGUCAAUAUUCACUCCCUUUCGCAGAUCACUUAUGAGCAUGUCAAACAGCAUAAAUCCUCAGGGAAAUCCCUUGGCAACCUAUUCCCAUUAUGAAAAUAAUUUAUUCCUUCUCACCCUUUGUUUCCCAUUGGUAACUAUUCAUGCAGAAGUGCCCUUCCCCUUUGCACCACUGCUGUGCCAAUCCCAGAAGAGCCUUAGGUGAAGGAUAUUUCCAAAAGCCUAUGAAAAACACACCUGUGCCAGGGACUAGGUCACCCCAUCCAAAUGGUCACCUUCACUUUGAAAGAACUUGACCAGGUACAAGGCAAGACUGCACUCCACCAAAACCAAUUUUCUCCAUCCCCAGUAUAUCACAAGUCUGUUAAUUACAGUCUUUAAUAUAAUCUUUAGCAGUGUGCCAGUACAAAAGCCAGGUGUCCUGGUGUGGAAGUUCCAUGGGGUGCCUUCUGAGCCCCCUUAAAAUGUCACCCUCAGGAAUUUGCCAUUCCUUUAGGGUAAAUUUGCUGUUCCUUAAGUUGGGAGGCACAUUUGAGCCACUGACACAACCCAUGAGCAGUCUGGCAGUUCCCUGCCCAAGCUUCUUCUGACCCCCAGGUUCAGCUGCUGUGCUGCCUGUGAAUUCAUUGAUGUGCUUAAAACCUCUCCAUGCCCUCAAUAUCUAAUCUGUUACAGGGCAAAAUUCAUUAACGUUUGUAAGCUCAUCAAGAUCUUUCAUGAGCAAAUCCCAUCAUGUUUUAAUAUAUUUUUGAAAUGUCACGGGUGAGUUCUCAUUAUUCAUUAAAGAGCUGAAGCAAACAGUGCUUGCCAGACCCAAAUAUUGGGAUAGGCAAGGGCUGAAACUCUCUUCAUUUACCACUUUUAGGACACUUUCAUUUCAAUUUGACUUUCUGCCUUGAUUCUGCUCCAGCAAAUCAGAAACACCCCUCCAGCUUUUCCAGAUGUAGUCUCAGGGAUCUUCAUGGACCACUUCUUUAGGAGAUAUCUGGUAGCUCCAUGGGAAUCUCAGAGUUUCUGGUCCUGAUUGCUGUUAGUGUUAGGCUGGCUUUGUAGUGAGAUGCCUGAAAUAGGGAUCUCAUCUAGCCAGGUAUCAUAAGCUCUUGGAGGUUUAUUUCAUGCCCAAGAUAGUUCAGCUACCUUAGAAGGCAUAAAAUCAGCAGGAGGCUUCUGUGGUAGCGUUGGAAACAAAAAAGUUUUAAUAAAAGGCAAAAUAACAGAAAAAAAACAAGCCAGGUGCAAAAGGUUGUUGCUCCUGGUAAAACACCUCACAAAAGCGAUUAGUUUCUUUGUUCUCUUCUUUUUCUAGUAAAUUGCUCAGGCGGAACUUUUUGGUUCGUGUCCUAUUAGCUAUCCUUAAGUUUGAAGUCCCCCAAGUCCUAUGAGAUGUCUUUUCACCUAAUUAAGGAGAGAAACUUCUGGGCUCUUUUCCUUUUUGAGGAGACAAAGGAUAGUUUUGUCACUUGGUCAACAAGGAGCACAUUCCUGUAGAUGCCAGCACGAAGGACACCAGAGGAUGGAUGAGUGCAUCCACCAGGUGUUGGAUCACACAACCCUGGGAAACCUCUAUAAAAGUCUUCAGCUUCCAACCCAGCAUGGUGUUUUGUGCCCCUCCAGUGGUGCCUGUACAUUACUGCACAUUUCCUGCUGGGUUUGGCAAACAGGUCCUGGGCCACUGAGACCAAAACCAAAACCACUGGGACCAAAUUCACGUGGCCUUAGUGGCAUUUUUCCCCAUGACCCCAGAUAUGGUCUGGAUCUCUGCGAGACCUCCACCGUGAAUUUGCAUUUCUCCCUUGUUUUUCCUGCCAGGAUGUCCAGAGGAGACAUGGCCAAACCUCUGCUGGGCCAUGGUGGCGCGGAGGGUGAGUGCAGCCCCCCGCCGCCGGCCGGCCGCACCGUGGGCGUGCUGGGCAGCGGGGACUUCGCGCGCUCCCUGGCCGUGCGCCUGGUGUGCUCCGGCUUCAGGGUGGUGGUGGGCAGCCGCAACCCCAAGCGCAAAGCCAGCCUCUUCCCCGCUGCAGCAGAGGUCACCUUCCAGGCCGAGGCCGUGAAGAAGGCGGACGUCAUCUUCGUGGCGAUCUUCAGGGAGCAUUACUCCACCCUCUGUGACCUGGCUGACGUGCUGGUGGGCAAGAUCCUGGUGGAUGUCAGCAACAACACGGAGGUCAACCAUCACAAGGAAUCCAACGCGGAGUACUUGGCCUCCCUGUUCCCAGACUGCACCGUGGUAAAGGCGUUUAAUGUGGUUUCUGCCUGGACGCUGCAGUCGGGUGCCAGGGAUGGAAAUAAGCAGGUUCUGAUCUGCUCAAAUAACCAAGAAGCCAAGCGCACCAUAGCAGAAAUUGCUCAAGUCAUGGGAUUCACCCCUGUGGACAUGGGCUGCAUGUCAUCAGCCUGCGAGAUUGAGAACAUUCCCCUGCGCCUCUUGCCUGCCUGGAAAAUCCCCAUCUUUUUGGCUCUGGGGCUUUUUCUUUGCUUCUUCACCUACAACCUGAUCCGGCAGGUCAUCCACCCUUACAUCAGGGAGCAGAAGAACAAGCUGUACAAGAUCCCCAUCGAGGUGGUCAACACCACGCUGCCGUGCGUGUCCUACGUCAUGCUGUCCCUGGUCUACCUGCCCGGGGUGCUGGCAGCCUGCUCCCAGCUCUACUACGGCACCAAGUACAGGCGUUUCCCAGACUGGCUGGACCAGUGGCUGCAGCACCGGAAGCAGAUUGGUCUCCUCAGCUUCUUCUGUGCAGCCCUGCACGCCGUGUACAGCCUGUGCCUGCCCAUGCGCCGCUCCCACCGCUACCUGUUAAUCGAGACGGCCGUCAAGCAGUCCUCCCUUGGGUUUGUUGCCUUGGUGAUCAGCACUCUGCACACGCUCACGUACGGCUGGUCGAGGGCCUUCGAUGAGAACCAGUACAAAUUCUACCUGCCCCCAACCUACACCCUCACACUGCUCGUGCCAUGCACUGUCAUCAUAGCCAAAGUCAUCUUCAGUUUGCCCUGCAUCCAGCACAGACUUCUGAGAAUCAGGAGGGGCUGGGAGAAGGGCAGAUACGUCAAAUUUGUUCUGCCCAGUGCAACGGGGGAAUUCUCGAGUGGGGAGACCUCCAGUAAUGUCUAACAGCCCCAGCUCUGAGGAUUUCGAAGCACUAUCAACAUUUCUAUAAAGGUGUUUCUUUUUCUUAAAUAUAUGUAUGUUUUGGUAUAAUGGUAUUGUUGAUAAAAUAAUAAAAUUUGGUGACUUUAGAAAAAGGAUGACCAUCAAACUAGGUUAGACAGUAGCAGUUGAAUUAUAUUGCUGAUUUGCUAGGACAAUUAUUGCCUUAAAAGUGACUGUGAGAGCCAAGCUAGCAGCAGUAAUAUACCUGGAAACUGAUGGACUCUGUUAGUCAGAUCAGUCACUUGAGGUGCUGGCUGGCAGCUCCCCAAACCAGUACUUCUCAGUUGCUUUCCUAGCUGUUCUCAUAAAUUUCAAUGCCUUUAUUUUUUAAUACGAGGUUGCAUAGAUUUUCUGGGGUUUAUGACAGCAAAGAUACCCUGCCUUUUGAGUGUAUGGAUCAAUCAAGGCAGUGAGGUUUAGAAAGAUCAAUUGCCUCUGGUUUUGUUCUCCUCAAUGAACUCUGUGGACAAGUACAGCUAUAUUCAUGGUACUGUGACAGCAGGUUUUACUAAAAUCAUCAAAUCUGACAGCAAGCCCAGUAUCCCUGUUCUCUCAAAUACAGGCAGCACUUCUGGUCCUGGAAGCAGUGCCUGAGAUGCAUGUUUAUAAGCUGAGGAAAUAAAGCGCCUUUUCCAGGAGUAUAAAAGCAUUUGAGAGAGAGACAUCCCCAGUAGCAGACAUCUGGUCUGCACUGCUGGCUCUGAGAUGACAGCUACUGCUGCAUGUUCUCUGUUACACUGAGCCAAAGUUUCAAGCAGUAUUUGAUUGAAAUAGAGCGAGGAUAAUUAUUGGAAAGGCCUGCUGCUUCACAAAAUUACAUGGAGAAAACCAAGGCCUUCCAGCUGGCCUUACAUCAAAUAAUGGGGUGAAGCGUUUAGAAAUGGCUGUCACCUGAACAUUCCCAUUUAAGCAAACAAAACAGCAGUUCUAAACCCACUGGUUUCACUAGCAAUAAUGAGAUCUUUGAAUAGUCCUGCAAAGGGAUCAUCAAGUCUUGACCACAACAUGAAAACAUGUUGUACAUUUUUGGGCACAGUCCUUCAUUGCCUUACACCUUAAAAAGUCCCUUGCUAGAUCACAAAGCAGGUAUGAACUGCUCUUCUGAGAGCCCACUGUGGACAAGGCACAGGGCAACGAUUUCUGUCCUAAUUUCAUGUUUCACCUAUUGCUUUCUAUGAAGUUCUUACUCGUUAAAUAGAAUAAUUCUUUAGGUUUUGGACAUCCAAAUCACCAAACAGUGAAUGGACAGCCAUUCACUAAAGCUCAUGUAAAAGCAAGCAAUUGGGAUGACACAAGAAGACUACCUCAGUAAGGUCAGGUACAUUGACAUGCCUGGAAUAGCCUCAUUUUCCUACAGUUAAGGAAAAGACACUCAGUGUUCAGUAUUGCUUUGAGAAACACCAAACGAGGUGCAGCCUGUGGGACAAGGGAGUACUUGUGUACCAGACCAGUUAAUGUAAAGGGAAGGGGGAAUUAUCAGCUUUGGGGCACACAAACCCUUCUACAAGCCAACAUUGCUCCCAUAACCUGGAAGAGUUCUACACAGACAGACUCAUAAGAAUUCCCUGUUUAGCCUCCAGUAACUACAGUGAGUAAUAUUCUCCAAAUAUUGCUCAUGUGGCCAGUGAUGGUACUGACUGUUCUUGCCUAACACUUACAGUAAAGUCUCCAAAUGUUGCUUCUUCAGGGGAAAGCCUAGAUUUCAUAAUAAGGUGAUUUUUUUGUUGUUUUCAUGAGGUUUGGACAGCAUGGUGAAAGUACCACUCUUUAUCACUGUCCCCCUCAGCAAGCUGAGCUUAUUAGGUUUCCCCUUCCACCUCCAGAACUUAGCCCAGAUUGGCACCUGACCAAAUCACUCUCCAAGCAGACUGUUGACGCAACACUAUUUAUUUCUGCUUAGGUGAUAGGUUAAGUUUCCCCAUGGAUUUGAGACAGUUUCACCUGAAUAUAAUUCCAGCCACUCCAGUUUAAUUCAUCCUUGAGGAAGACUGGAUUCAGCAAGCCUGGUUUUUAAGUCAUAUUUUCCAUUUCAUCAUCAGUUUACACACUUUAUGGUGUAUUUCAAUGCCUUUUUAUCCCAUCUAGGUUUCAUUUCACAUCUUUAGGUCAGGCAAGACUACUGUCUGCUGGCCAAAAAAGAUUAGGAGGCAGAGAAAGAGCAUUACACAGGCUUUGUCUUCAAGGGGAAAAGAAUGGUUUAUUUUGAGUCACUGCAAGGUUAAAGACUCACCUUUCUGCCCAGCAGAAGGUUUGCACCCUGGCUUUGUUUACAGGACUCCCAUGCCUACAAACCCUUUCCCAUGGCAAAGGGACAGUUGCCAUGAGCAGAGGGGCAGUCAGUGAGUCAGCACGGUGCUUUUCAGAUGGACACAAGCCCAAAGGACAGACAAGCCAGCUCAAAAUCCCCACAGCUGCUGCAGCUCUACAGCAUCUAAAAAACAAAGCUGGUCCUGUGUCUCCAGGUAAUGCCUGUGCCAACAGACUGGCCAGCCAGCCACCAUCCCUUUUGAAAACCAAAACCAAUCCUUAUAAAUGUAGAACAGCAUUUCACAUGAUGCCCUCUAUAUGCAUCUGGUCCUGAAAACAUGGGACACAACUGUUUGAGUCAUUUAUUUGAUUCUGGAAUGCUGCAAAUGAAAGUAAGGAAUUUUUCAGUUACCUUUUCCCUAAGCAUUUUUGAUAUGCAUGGGACAUUCAGUGAGAUUGGCUUAAAAUUUACCAUUUAACUGGUUUUGUACUUGAAGUUUUUCUCUCUGUAUAUGUGUACACACACACACAUAAAUAUAUGUAUCUUAUUGCAGAAUAUAUAGCUUGAAUGUAAAAAUCUUUGUAUUUUUAUUUUCUGUACUGCCUACUAUGUGCCUCUGGGAUAUGUAAGAACCAAAUGAAAAGCUGUAAGAGUAAGGCCAGUUUUAAUCUCUGGCCUCUGUAGUUAUAUAAAAUAUUCUGAACAGAUCUACAUAAUUAUAUCAGAACUUGUGUCUUUUUUCCUGCCUCCCCCCAAACAAAACCAUUACUUU